CAAGAAGCAAAAAAUAAUAAUAUGCAAGUGAGAGUGAUUGGUGAAGUUGCAGUAGUAGUGUGUGACAGACUAAACUUAUCAUUCAUUCAUAUCCAUGGGGAGGUCUCCUUGCUGUGAGAAAGCUCACACAAACAAAGGAGCUUGGACCAAAGAAGAAGAUGAGAGACUUAUUUCCUACAUCGGAGCUCACGGUGAGGGCUGCUGGAGAUCCCUUCCGAAAGCUGCCGGUCUCCUCAGAUGUGGGAAAAGUUGCAGACUGAGGUGGAUCAAUUAUCUCCGCCCAAACCUCAAGCGCGGUCAUUUUACUCCUGAAGAAGAUGAACUCAUAAUCAACCUCCAUAGCCUUCUUGGUAACAAGUGGUCUCUGAUAGCUGGGAAGUUAGCAGGAAGAACUGAUAAUGAAAUAAAGAAUUACUGGAACACCCAUUUGAGAAGAAAGCUACUGAGCAGAGGGAUUGAUCCAGUCACACAUCGGCCACUGAAUGAGCCAACAACUACAACAACCUCAACCUCUAAUUCUACAACACUAAUAUUUUCUGCUGUCGAAGAUAAAAAGGAGGGGGAGGAGAAUUAUGAGGUAAUAAUUGGGUGUCAAGAACAGAGAAACACAAGCCAAGAACAAUGUCCUCCUCAAUUAAAUCUCGAGCUUCGCAUUAACUUGCCUUCCCACCAUCCACCACCACAGCUUCCAUCAUAGAGCAUAGGGAGGAGUCUUUGUUUCAGUUGCAGAUUGGGUUUAUUCAACAAUAAAGAGUGCACUUGUUGUAUUAACAGAGAUGAUUUGGUUAGCCUAAACACUGGUGUUGUGGAUUAUGUAAACUUUUCUCAACAAUGAAAUUACUCUUUUUUUUUUUUU